GGGCGUUCUGGCCUUCGCGCUGUCGGCGCCGACGCCCUGCGCCUCGCCGCGGGCACCUGGGCCGCCGAGGUGCUGCUGCCGCCGCAGGCCCGCGCCCUGCCUGGCGGGGCGGCCCGUUUCUCCCGCCGGCGGCGGCAGCUCACGCUGUCCUGGCCCGCCGCUGCGGCGCCUCUGUCGGUCGCGCCUGCCGCGGUCGCCGCGGGCGGGGGCCCCGCCGCCGCCGGAUGCGCUCCGCUCCCGGCGCUCGCCGCUGCGGCUGCCGCGGUCGCCGUUGUCGCGCCAGUGGCCGCUGCCGUCGUGGCACCGGUGGCCGCGGCGCCAGUGGCCGCGGCCGCCGCGUCCGCGCCCGCGCAGGCGGCGGCGGCCGCGCCGUGGGAGGCGGCGCCGCCCGCGGCGGGCGCCGCGGAGGGGGUGACGGCUCCGGUGGCGACUGCAACGCCCGCGGCAGGCCCUGCCGUUGGCAGCUUGUGGAACGUGAACAACUGGCACUGGGAGGAGCGCAACGCCAUCGAGCCAGCCCGCGCCGCCGUCGCCGCAGCCCUCGCGCGCCUCGAGCAGCAGCGGUUCCGGCACGUUCCCAGCCUGGGCGGGGCCAGCGUGCUGCUCCGCGAAAUCGGGGUGACGGGCCACGCCACCGCCUCCGUCCGGAAGGGGAAGCGCAUUCUGCUCUACGAACUCGUCGUCAGCUUCGAGUGGGAGUCGCAGGACGAGUUCGGCCACCGCAUGGCGGCCAAGGGCAGCGGCGUCGUGCGGGAGGUCACGAGAGACGACGAGGUGGCCGUGGCAGAGAUCAAGGCGAGCGUCGGUGCCCGGGACCCCGACUCCAAGGCGAUCGCCGCUUGGAUGCAGGGCCGGGGCGCCGAGGCCGUGGCCGCGGCCCUCGGCUGUGCCGAGCUGGCGGAGGCGAUCGCCGCGGCGGUGGCGGCCUCCGCCCCGAGCGCAACGGAGGACGCCGCUCGGCGGACGACCGAACGGCUCGCGGCGGACGGCGCGCGCGCCGAGCAGGGCGAGAAGCAGCGGGCCAUCGCGGCGGAGCAGAAGGCGCGCGAGGAGGCGGCACGGCUCGCGGGCCGCGCGCAGGGGGGCGCGGGCCUCCAGGCGGGCGCCAGCGUGUGGAACGCGAACGCGUGGCACUGGGAGGAGAAGCCCAUGACGCAGUGGGCCCAGGGCUGGCUGCGGGAGCGCCUGUUGGGGCUCACCGUGCGCCUCCUCGACGGUGCGGUGAGCGCCCACUUCACGGACGCCAGUGUGUCUGGGGACGCCUCCGUCUCCAUUCGCAAGGGCCAGGUCGUGUCGCUGUUCCAGCUCUCUAUCCAGGGCCGGUGGAGCGCGUGCCUGGCCGGCGCCCAGGGCUCGCUGGGUGCGGCAGGCACCAAGGCCGAGGGGGAGCUCGCUGUCCCCGAGUUCACCUCGGAGGAGGCCGAGCGCUCCUCGGUUGCCGUGAAGGCAAAGGUGAUUUCUUUGAGCCCAGGUGCGGAGAUCGCCGUGGCUUCCGUCCGCAUGGCUCAUAAGCGCAUGGCCUUUACUGAUGCGGACACCGGUGAUGAGGUUUCAUUGGAAGACGUCCUUGAUAGGUAUGCGGAGAAGCAGGCCACCAAGCAGAAGGAGGUAUUCCAGGAGAUGCUUGAUGAGAAGCUCGAGUCGCUCGUGGAGUCCAAGAUCGCCAGCCGCCUGCAGCCCCUCAUCGAUCGCCUGGAACGUUUUGAGAAGUCAGCCGCAGUUCGGGCUUCUUCAGCCCCCCCGGCGCCCUCUGUCCCGGCGUUCCUUGAGAUCAAGGGCUUUGUCGAUAAUUUCGAGAGCGCAGCGGCCUCUGGGAUUACUCCGGACGAAGCUAAGGUUCUCGUGGCCAAGCUGAAAGGGGUUACCCCCGAGGAUCGUUGUGAGCACGUGGGUGAGGCGGAGACCAGGGAGGGCGGCCGAAAUUUUGCUGUCAAGGUCUACGUCAGCCAGUCCAUCAACAAAGUGUUCUCGUUAUGGAAGGCGCAGCUGCGCAGGGAAGAGAAUGAAUGGAAGGGCCGGGAGCUUUUCGCCGCGAUCGAGAAGAGCCCCAAGCAGAAGUUGAAGUACGACGCGAUGGGGAAAGUGAAGCGCAUGUUGGAGAAGGAGGUCGCUACCAACCUUCCGAACUACAAGGUGCGAAUUUUCUGGGGCUGGGACAUGUGCGCCUAUUUGGAGCCCCAGGGCGCUUCGAUGGGUCAGCAGGGCCAGGCCUCUGUCGCCUUCAUCGCGCAUGUCGAGGAGGAUGGCGCUAUCGAGUGGGAUCCAGAGGGCCUUCGUGUUCUUGGCUGCCCCAACACGGAUGCAGCCAGGCUGAAGGUCAUGGCUGCUUCUAUCCGUGGCCGGAACGCCGAGGCGCCGAGGAGGCUGCGAGGAUUGCUACUGAUAUGGCGCAUCGACGGCACUGGCGACGAGUUGCGCAACGUCUCCGAAGUAGCGUUGCUGACGUGGCUGUGGCGCGGCACCGUGCUCAUGUUCAUUCCCUGCGCAGUGCUACACGAUCUGUUGGACUUGCAUCACUUGCGGGAGAAAUGGCGGAAGUUCAUGGUUUUCGGCUUCGAAGAAAAUCACAGCACGGAGCAAAUUUGCAUUGGGCUGCAGCUCCUGGUGCAGUGCGGAGGGUUUGGAUCUGACGGCCACUGCGUCGCUUGGCAGCGCUACGACCAGCAAGUUCCGGUUCGCGCGUUCUAUCAGGCCAUGGCGCAGGACUUUACCGAUAUUUUGGUGUCGAUGUCGAUGCAGUGGAAGCCGGCAUCUCUGCAGUAUCUCAACACUUGCCGUGGCACUGGUCCCUCGCACGUGUCUCGUUUUGAAUUGGUGGGCGACAGCAUGCUGAUUGUCAAUUGGAUCAACGGCUUGUGGAGGUGCAAGUAUCCUGUGUAUGACGCCAGGCAGCACUCGGCGCUGCUGCUGCUGCUGCUGCAGCUGGUCGCUGGUCGGCGCUGUUGUCGGUCGCUGCUGCUGGUCGGCGCUGCUGCUGGUCGGUUGUCCCGGUUGUCGGUGCAGCUGGUCGGUGGUCGGUGCUGCUGCUGGUCGACGCUGCUGCUGCAGCCGGUCGCAGGUCGGUGCUGUUGCUGGUCGGUGCUGCUGGUCGGUGCUUCUGCUGGUCGUCAGUGGUCCUUGCAGUCGGUGCUGCUGGUCGGUGGUCGGUGCCGCUGUUUGUCGGUGCUGUUGCUGCAGCGGGUCGCUGGUCGGUGCCUGUGUUGGUCGGUGUUGCUGGUCUGUGUUGCUGUUGGUCGGUGGUCCUGGUGGUCUGCGCUGCUGGUCGGUGGUGGGGGCUGCUGCUGGUCGGUGCUGCUGCUGCGGUUGGCCAGAGCCUUUCGGGCCGAGGGCGUCGCGGCGGUGCGCGCGGUGCUGGCCGACUUCUGCGCCGAGCUGCAGCGCCUCCCAGUCGGCAUCUCCGCGGGGCACUUCCAGGGCGUCCCCGCACGCCGCGGCGAGGCCGGCCGCGAACACCGCGCCCGGCGGGCUGCCCUGGAGAGGGUUUCCUUCGAUGUGAUCUUUCCAGUGCGGGCGCUCUUUGGCUCGAAGAAGAAGACAUUGCAGGCAGCCAUCCGCGUCGACUGCGUCGCGGAGCUCCAACGGCGUGCUGUUGCGCAUGCCGCUCUGGCCCUCAUGGACGAGGACGAUGCGUCGAGCGCCGACAGCGACUUGAGCUUGCGCGCCCCCGUCGACGCAGAAGACAGCGACCACGAGGACAGCGGCGUGGCCACGGACGAGUACUGCGCCUCCUUGUUUGAGAGCUCAGCGAGCCGCCUGGCCCGCCAGCUGCUGGCCCAGCUGCGCCAGGAGUUCCACCUCCACCUGUUCUGCCCCCACUAG